AUGGGUCGGCAUUCUUGUUCUUUAAAGCAAAAACUAAGAAAAGGUUUAUGGUCCCCUGAAGAAGAUGAGAAGCUUUUCCAUUACAUAACCAUCUUUGGUGUUGGUUGUUGGAGUUCAGUUCCCAAACUAGCUGGGUUGCAAAGAUGUGGAAAGAGUUGUAGAUUGAGAUGGAUAAACUACUUGAGGCCUGAUUUGAAGAGAGGAAUGUUUUCACAACAAGAGGAGAAUCUUAUUAUCACUCUUCAUGAAGUACUUGGAAAUAGGUGGGCUCAAAUUGCAGCACAAUUACCAGGGAGAACUGAUAAUGAGAUAAAAAACUUUUGGAAUUCAUGUUUGAAGAAGAGGCUAAUGAAGCAAGGGAUUGAUCCAGCUACACAUAAGCCAUUCUUCAAUGUUACUGAAUCAGUUCUAAAGGAAGAGAAUGAAAAAUUAUCAAUGCUAAUGCCGGCGCUGUCUCAACCACAAACAACUUUAUGCUCAUAUUCAGAAGCACUUGUAAUGAGUGAUUUGAAUUAUCACUAUAAUAUUGGUGGUUUAUCUUUUACAGAAGCUUCAAGAAAAAUUCUCAUGAAUUUGGAUAAGCCAUUACUUGAUCCAUUAUGCUACAAUCUUAGUGUGAGCAAUUAUUAUUCUCAGCCUUGCCUGAGACAAUUUGAACAGAAUCUGUUUGGAAGUGAUUCAAGCUAUUUCUUCUCUUCAAUGCCUUGUCUAAAUAGUGCAGACAACAAUAAUUCAGUUUCUGAAUUUGGUUCUCUUUUGGUGAAUGAAAACUCAUGCAAUAGUUUUUCAACUAUGAAUGAUUAUCAAGGGUGUGAAAUGAGCAGCAACAUGAUUGAAAAUGCAGGUGGAUUAUUGUCAUGGGAAGGUGAGAACAAGAUUUUGGAUCCUUUGUUACAGUUUGAAGUCAAUGCGACGUCACUGUCAGAAUAUCUAAGUAACGAAGCUAAUUUUGAUGUAUUUCAGCAUUUAUGA